CUAGGUCAAUUAUGCUUGCGGGUACUUUCUUUUUUCUUCCCCGCCCUCCCUUUUAUCCUUUUUGCUUUGCUUUUUAACCUCAACAUGGAGAUUUAAAAUAUCCUAACGCUGAGGAGUAUUAGUGGAGAGGCAAAUAUGUGAACACUUUAGAUGAUCUUGUUGGGAACAAAGAGCAUCAUCCCAUCUCCUGGGCUGCUUCUAUAAUUGCGACCUUGAGGAAUGUCUUGGAAGAGGCGGGGAGGAAUCAAUGAGCAUCUGAUCCCUGAAAAUUAGAGUCGUGACACAAAAAAGAUACUUGCGCUUCUUGCUUCCUCCCCUCCUCCCCGCUCCUGUCUAUUCUGGCUGGCACAAUGGGUGGGUAGAAGAGCCCUGCAGAAAUGCAAGAAGCCCUAAUUUCCAUAGGAUAAGAGGGAGUGAGAAGAGAAAAGGAGAGGAAGUAGUGCAGACAGAGAAAGUAAUGUGAUGAAGGGAUGGAAAAGAGCAGAAGACUCAAUUAAAAGUCCGAAUCCUUUCUGGAAUCACCAGUACCUGACACACACACACUAAGAUACAUAUAUACAAGCCGGCAGGUUUGUUUUACGUGUCUACAGACCAAGAGAUUAAAGGGAUAACAGAGAGCACUCCAAGCAAGAAUGAAGCACAUCAACCUAUCCUUUGCAGCUUGUGGAUUUCUGGGAAUAUACCACUUGGGGGCAGCAUCUGCACUUUGUAAACAUGGCAAACAAUUUUUAAAAGCUGUAAAGGCCUUUGCUGGAGCUUCUGCAGGAUCUUUGGUUGCAAGUGUUCUGUUAACUGCACCAGGAAAAAUAGAGGAAUGUAAUGAAUUCACAUACAAAUUUGCUGAAGAAAUUAGAAAGCAGUACUUGGGUGCCAUAACACCAGGUUAUGAUUUUAUGGCACGUCUAAGAGAAGGCAUGGAGACCAUUCUUCCUUCUAACGCUCAUGAGAUAGCAGAGAAUCGACUUCAUGUAUCUAUCACUAACACAAAAACCAGAGAAAAUUACUUAGUUUCACAUUUUUCCUCCAGGGAAGACCUCAUUAAGGUUCUAUUGGCUAGCAGUUUUGUACCAGUUUAUGCAGGCCUGAAAGCAGUGGAAUAUAAAGGAGAGAAAUGGGUUGACGGGGGGCUUACCAAUGGCCUUCCUAUUUUGCCUAUGGGGCGAACAGUGACUGUUUCACCUUUUAGUGGUCGAUUAGAUAUCUCUCCAGAAGACAAAGGCCAGCUGGAUUUAUAUAUUACUAUUGCCAAUCAAGAUAUUAUGUUGUCUAUGGCCAACCUGAUAAGACUAAAUCAAGCUCUUUUCCCACCAAGCCAAAGGAAAAUGGAAUCAUUGUAUCAAAAUGGAUUUGAUGAUGCUACCAAGUUUUUACUAAAAGAAAAUUGGUUUGAAUAAAUUGCUUAAAGUUUAUUAUGCAAAACAGAAUUUAAAGGACUUCUGAAAUAGAAUCUAAUUAAACCUGAAAAAUACCUAUCGUUCAGUUUUCUUUGUCAAUAGUAAAGACAGCAAAAUAUUUAAAAUUAGGACUUGUAAAUCAUUUAAAAAAAAGCACACUCAAAUGAUAAUCCUUUUUAAAGAAUACUAAUGUCUUAUAAAAAUGAAUACUAAUUAUAUUUUACUAAAGUUAUGGUUUGAAUCCCACUUCUUCCUAGAGUGUGAUACUAUGUAUGUCACUUAUUUUCUCUGGACUUCAGUUUCUUUGUAAAAUUUCCUUGUCUUAAAAAUCUCUAAAGUUCUUUCCAGCUUAAUAGCUUUGAUCCUGUGAUUCUAUAUUCUGGAAUAAACAAUAGGUUGUUUAAAAAAAACAAAAAAAAGAGGAGUAUUUUAGGUCUCUUGAGGAAAUUGUAGUAAGCACAAUGCUCGUUUUUGUCUUAUAGACUAUAUUGUGUCUGCAGUACAAUGUCUUCCUAUCCCCUUGUCCUCAUAAGUAUGGUAUUACUCAGCUCAAAGAAAUAUUUCAUAAUGAGCUGGUCCUAUUAAGAAGGAACCUCAGGUUCUCAUUACAGGAGUUGAGGCUUAUAAUCUCAAGAGAAGGUCUAUAAAUCAAGGCGAAAAAAAAAACAAUUAAAGUUUGGUUCAGUUUCUGAUGUAAUAUUGUGUUAGUUUGAGUAACUCAAUAGUAGGGAUCAGGUCAGGAGGGAAGGGGAAAUUAAUUGAAAUUCCACGGUGACUCUUGAACUGACUUAUUCUUUUUUCUCCACAAAUAUUCUUUCCAUUGUUUCUUAACUGAAAUUAUUUUUUUGACAGAAGAAAGUAUCUAAAUUACAUUGAAUUGUCCUGUCCUUCACAACCUCAGUAAUAGAACUUACAGGCUCAAAUAUUAAGAUUUAGGCAUGACUGCUACAAGAUUCAGGGAAGCAAAUAAAAUUUAUAGGUUGAAAAUAGCCAUUUAUAGUAAGUUUUACAACUGAUAAUAAUUACCAUUGGUUUAGAAGUUAUUUGAGCAUCAGAACAAAGCCAGACAAGUCCUAGAGCGAGUCCUUAAAAGAUAAUCUCAUCUUUUAUUGUUUUAAAUUCUGAAACAAUUCUGAAAGUUCCUAGAACAUCUUAGGCUCCAUAGUCAUGAACUUUUAGAUGUAAAGUAUCCUCUCAGCCUAUAGUUCUAAUGGUCUGUCUGCAAUUCUAAUGUUCAAUUAAAAAGGCAAAUGUGAGGUGUUUCCAUUCCCUAGGAGCUAUGAAUUGUUAUAGUACCUCCAAGAACAAUGAAUUAGAUAAUUCUUAAUUAGCCUAAUAAACAUGCAUCAAGUCUGAAAUGCCCAUUUAUAGGUUAUUCUAAAAACAUACAUUUUAUUUGAUCAAGUUGUUUUUUUUAUUUUACAUCAUGCAUUUUUGAGUGAUUAAAGCAUUUUAUUAAGCACUAUGUGCAAAAGCACCAUAUGCUAAGCAUUGGAGUUACAAAUGGAAAAGUAAGACAGUCUCUGCUUAUCCCAUUCUGAUGAAAAAGACAACAUAGAUAGAUGGUUUCAGCUGCAAGUCAAAUGGAAAGGUCCCAUGGUCCUUAGGAUGUGGUGGCAAAGCAAAGUAGGUGGUAAUGAUGAGGUUUGGUGCAAAGCAGAGAGUUGUAGAACCCCUUUUGGUUGUCACAGGUCCAACAUGAAAGAAUUCAUGAACCCCAAAAGUUAGACUGGCAAAAAGAAGUUUGUUGGCACAGAGAAGUCAGCUUUUGCUAGGAGGCUGAUUUCCUCAGUGGCAAGGUCCUGACAAUGAGGUGUAAAGGUCUAGAGAAAUCCUGGCAGAGAGAGAGAAAGAGAGGUUAACGCUGAGAAGAGAAUGUUUUUUGAGCAGGCAGGGGGUCCUCGCAGGCAACUAUGCCAAGAAAAGAGGGAGGUUCCUUGACAAGGCAUGGUCCUGCUUUUGGGCUUCUACAAAGAAAUGAGCCCCCAAAUUGCCCUUUAAAUAGGAAAUCUGAGACUAAAGUUUCAAUUGAAAGAGAUUACUUCAAUAUUGUCUUUGCCCCCAGGCCUAGAUUUCUGGUUGAAUGAGACCAAUACUGGGAGUGGUUCUGAGCCAAUCUUAAUGAAACCACUUAACUGCCCUGAAGGGCUGAUCCCUGUCAGGAGAGUUUCAGGGCCCACCCCAAAGGUCAAGAGAGACAGUUUCAAAGAGGACAGUUUCAGGGUUCCCCCAUGAGUAAUGCUUCUUUAAAAUAAUUUCUACUGACAAAAUCAUAGGUUUCUAGUGUUAAAUCAUUUGAUGAUGCCAGAUUUGGUAACAAAAACUUUUGCUUGAUUUGUAUUCAUUUAUUUGAACAGUUUUUUAAAUCUGGUUUUAUGAUGUUUUGUCAGGCAUGGACUCUUAAUUACAAGGAGACAGUGGGAAACAAACAACUGAAUUGCUUAUCCUUAAUUGUUAUGCAUUUAUUUUCAUAUCAUUUGAAAUUCCUGUUUAAAUCAAUUUUAUAGCUUUUAAAAUACUAAAAUAAUACAUUUGUAAGCUAGAAGUAGUAUGUCCAUCUUUCCGUUAAGCAUGCUAUGUAAAAUUGGUCCAGGUUUGCCUAUAUUUUGUAAUUGUUUUCCCUCUUUAAUUGUAAUUUAAUUAAAUCUUUAAAUAUUUGGAAA